CAGCAAAGUAAUACAUGUAUCACAACGGUGUCCACAACGGUGUCCACAACGGUGUCCACAACGGUGUCCACAACGGUGUUCACAACGGUGUCCACAACGGUGUCCACAACGGUGUCCACAACGGUGUCCACAACGGCCUUCACCGAAACCUCGACCAAGGGUUCCACCAAAGCCUCCACCAAAGCCUCCACCAAAGCCUCCACCAAAGCCUCCACCAAAUCCUCCGCCAAAUCCUCGACCAAAUCCUCCGCCAAAUCCUCGACCAAAGCCAAGACCUCCAUUCUGGACCAGAUGUCCG